CAACAACAGCGGCCGGCUGGACGACGAGGACGAGGAGGAGGACGAGGAGGAGGAGGAGGAGAUGGACCAGGACAGCGACGACUUUGAGAACUCGGAGGACAGCGGGCGGGAGGAGGACGGAGAGGAGGGCGGCCGCCUCCACUCCCCCUCCCUCAGGAACAAUAUCUCUGACCCCAACGACAACGUGGAGGUGUCGUCGGAGCAGCACCCCCGCACCCCGGCCUCGCCCUUCAAGACAAAGAUGAAGAGAAAGUUGGACCAUGGCCCCGAGGUCCGAUCUUUCCCUUCAGGAAAAAAGCCCUGCAAAGGCUCAGAGUACCCAAGCCCGACAGGACUUGUUCCGUACCCGGCCACGCCCACCACAUUCGGGGACCUGCGGGCAGCCAAUGGGCAGGGCCAGCAGCGGCGCCGCAUCACCUCCAUCCAGCCGCCCUCCGGGCUCCAGGAAUGGCUCCGGACCUUUCAGAGCUGGAGUGGGCCGGAGAAGCUGCUGGCCCUGGACGAGCUCAUCGACAGCUGUGAGCCCACGCAGGUCAAACACAUGAUGCAGGUGAUCGAGCCGCAGUUCCAGAGGGACUUCAUCUCCCUGCUGCCCAAAGAGCUGGCCCUGUAUGUGCUGUCCUUCCUGGAGCCCAAGGACCUGCUGCAGGCGGCGCAGACCUGCCGCUACUGGCGCAUCCUGGCCGAGGACAACCUGCUGUGGAGGGAGAAGUGCAGGGAGGAGGGUAUUAACGAGGCGCUGCACGUCAAGAGGAGGAAGGUGAUGAAGCCCGGCUUCAGCCACAGCCCCUGGAAGAGCGCCUACAUCAGACAGCACAGGAUAGACACCAACUGGAGGCGAGGAGACCUAAAAUCCCCCAAGGUGCUUAAAGGUCACGACGACCACGUGAUCACCUGCCUCCAGUUCUGUGGCAACCGCAUCGUGAGCGGGUCGGACGACAACACGCUCAAGGUCUGGUCGGCCGUCACGGGAAAGUGCUUGAGGACGCUGGUGGGGCACACGGGCGGCGUGUGGUCGUCCCAGAUGAGGGACAGCAUCAUCAUCAGCGGCUCCACGGACCGGACGCUCAAGGUGUGGAACGCAGAGACGGGCGAGUGCAUCCACACCCUGUACGGCCAUACCUCAACCGUGCGCUGCAUGCACCUGCACGAGAAAAGGGUGGUGAGUGGGUCUCGGGACGCCACGCUGCGGGUGUGGGACAUCGAGACGGGCCAGUGUUUACACGUGCUCAUGGGCCACGUGGCGGCGGUGCGCUGCGUGCAGUACGACGGCAGGCGGGUGGUGAGCGGUGCCUACGACUUCAUGGUCAAGGUGUGGGACCCCGAGACGGAGACCUGCCUGCACACGCUACAGGGCCACACCAACAGGGUCUACUCUCUACAGUUUGACGGGACCCACGUGGUGAGCGGCUCCCUGGACACGUCGAUCCGCGUGUGGGACGUGGAGUCGGGGAACUGCAUCCACACGCUGACGGGGCACCAGUCCCUGACCAGCGGCAUGGAGCUCAAAGACAACAUCCUGGUGUCGGGCAACGCCGACUCCACCGUCAAGAUCUGGGACAUCAAGACAGGACAGUGCCUGCAGACGCUGCAAGGUCCCCACAAGCACCAGAGCGCCGUGACCUGCCUGCAGUUCAACAAGAACUUUGUGAUCACCAGCUCGGACGACGGCACCGUCAAGCUGUGGGACCUGAAGACGGGAGAGUUCAUCCGCAACCUGGUGACUCUGGAGAGCGGGGGCAGCGGCGGCGUGGUGUGGCGCAUCCGCGCCUCCAACACCAAGCUGGUGUGCGCCGUGGGCAGCCGCAACGGCACCGAGGAGACCAAGCUGCUGGUGCUGGACUUCGACGUGGACAUGAAGUGAGGGACCCCCCCCCCCCCAGGGGGGAGGGGGUUUCAGUGCGUCUCGCCGCGUUACGUCAAAACACUCCCCCCUCACCACCCCCCCACGCCCUUUCCCCCUCUCCUACACCACCCCCACACAACCUGACCCCUGCUACCCUCACCACCACUGCAGCUCACCCCAAUGGGGGGUGCUCUCUCAUCCCCCGUGCGGUCUGCUGGGAAGGGGAGGGGGGG